AUGGCAGCAGCCUCGACGGAUUCGGGACAAGGUUCCUCCAAAAUUACCCCCGAAGUGCUGCAGGAGAUGCUCCAGUUCUACAACCUGAGCCGCCAGGAGUUCAUCAACACUUACAACAUCCAGCCGCUCGUCUACAUUCCCGAGCUGCCGUAUAGCGCCAAGACCACCUUCGUCAUCAUGUAUGUGGUGAUCUUCGUCCUGGCGCUGGCUGGAAACAGUCUGGUCAUCUACAUAGUUCUGAAGAAGCGGGCGAUACAGACAGCCACGGACAUCUUCAUCUGCUCCCUGGCGGUCAGCGACCUCCUCAUCACUUUCUUCUGCAUACCCUUCACUUUGUUACAGAACAUCUCGUCUGAGUGGUUUGGAGGGGUUCUCGUUUGCAAGACAGUCCCUUUUGUGCAGACCACAGCCAUAGUGACAGGCAUCCUGACAAUGACCUGCAUCGCCAUUGAAAGAUACCAGGGCAUCGUCUUCCCUCUGAAAAUGAGGUGGCAGUACUCGUCUAAACGAGCGUACAAGAUGCUUGGGCUUGUAUGGAUUGCUUCUGUAAUAGUGGGUUCACCGAUGCUAUUUGUGCAGCAGCUAGAGGUGAAGUAUGACUUUCUGUACGAUCACUACCACGUGUGCUGUCAGGAGAGUUGGAGUUCGUUGACCUACAGACAGGCGUACACCACCUUCAUCAUGGUGGCUCUGUUCCUGCUCCCUCUGGCAGCCAUGCUGUUCCUCUACACACGCAUCGCUAUUGAGCUGUGGAUUCGCAAGCGGGUGGGCGACGCGUCAGUCCUGAAUACCAUGAACCACAGGGAGAUUGGCAAGAUCUCCAAGAAAAAGAAAAGAGCUGUGAAAAUGAUGGUCACAAUCGUCUUGCUAUUCACCAUUUGCUGGGCUCCUUUCCACACAGUCCACAUGCUGUUUGAGUACAAUGAUCUGGAAAAGAAGUAUGACGGCGUCACCCUGAACAUGAUCAUCGCCGUUGUUCAGGCCAUUGGAUUCUUCAACAGCUUCAACAAUCCAAUCGUGUAUGCCUUCAUGAAUGAGAACUUCAAGAAGAGCUGUGUUUCCACCCUCUCCCACUGUCUCCGUAAACCGAACCAUCAGGGUGCCGCCACAGUCGCUCCGAGACUAAGCGUGCAGUUCAUCAAACCACAAAGCAGAGAAGCCUUCGUGAACGCAGAUGAAGACAACAGCUCAGAGCAGCGGUCGGCAGAGAGGGGAGCUUCAUGCUCAUCGCACAGAGAGAGCUCCCUGGGAAUUAUUGGAGAGAAAAUUUCAACCAUCCAAACUGAGCUCCCUCCGAACAGCUCCUCUCAAGUUAAAUAAAACGUUCAGGUGCUUUCGAUUUGCAAAUCUGCUGUUUGCGAUCAUCAGCUGCCACAGAAUUACAGCAGCUUUGAGAACGUGACAAAUGCAAAGACUCGGAGCUCCAUAGCCUUUCUGCAUCCUCUGCAGCGCCAGGAGCCAGAGAACGAGUGUUUAAAGCAGUCAGAAUGUAGAAUUAAUUUUAUUGUAAAUAGAUGAACUGUUCACUGAGCGUUUAAUGAUGUUUUAUCAUGAAUGAGCCACAACUGUAGUACUUUCUGUGGUUUUCUGCUACAGCAACUGCUUAGAAAUGUUCAUGAAGAACACGCUGCAGUGUCAUGCUUGUAGCAUGAAACUGUGGCUACUCUUCUGCUUCAAUCAUUAAUUUGCUUUCGUUGUGCAUAAGCUGAAGUCACUUUAUGCUAAUUGUGCACUUUAUUGCUAGCCUGAAAAAAAAAAAAAAACAUUUGCAGAGAUUUAAUAAUAUUAUGACUGGAAUUUGUUACUGUUUAAGUUCUAACUGAAUGUACUUUUUUAAAGUCAGAUGCACAUAAUUUGCUACAGGAUUGCACCUCAACUUGUUUAAGGUCUAACUCAGUGACAAAAGACUUUGAAUUCCCAUGCAAAGUUUUUUGUUUUUUAACUCUGACAGUUAGCAGAAGCAACCUGUAGAUGACAGCUCCCUUGUUUUUUUUUUGUUUAUUUGUUUUUGGGUGGGGGCGGAGGAUUAAAAAAAUGUUGUUGCUGCUUUUCUUUGAAAAUGGCAAUGGCUAGUCUUCAGAGCAAAAGAUGUCAGUAACCAGUACAAAACAUUUACGUACUUUUUUAUCAUUUAAAUGCUUCACUCUAAAAUGAGAACUGACUUUACGUAAUCUUUUAGAGUCAUACUUUAGCCAUUCAUAACUCCCUCUGAUUUAAAGAAAUUCCAAGAGGCAUUCAAGAUGCGCGAGUGAUCUCAUAUGAGUUUCUAGUAAUUUUCACUCAAAUGUUAAGUGAUGGUAAUGUUUGAAAUGGUAAUUAAGAAUGUAUGAUUUUCUCAUUAUAUCACAGACUGAUUGGUUUGUUUAUUUUUGAUACAUUUAAAGUUGUGGUUACAGUGCAUUGUAAAAGUAUUCACACCCCAUGACGCAUUACAACAUUACAAUGACCAACUUCAAUGUAUUUUGCUGGGAUUUUAUGUAUUAAAAUAUUGAUUGCAAUGGUUAG